AUGGCCUCUCCUCCCAUUCAUUACCUGUUGCCAAUUUUUCCUGGAUUCCAGCUCCUCGACCUCGCUGGUCCGCUGGAUAUCUUGAAUUUACUUUCCACUCAACUUGAUUCCGAAAAGCAUCCCCUAUCGUUAACUUUUAUCGCUGAGACACUCGACCCGGUACCGGUUAAGCCUAUUUCCCCCAAAUCAGCCAACUGGACAUUCGACCUUCCAAACGCUUUUCCGAAGACAAACGGCAGAGUCAACCUCACGUUCAACGAGUAUCUACAACCAGACACCACAUACGCAGAUUUUCUGGAAGCCCUCAGCUCUGGCAAACAAGGUUCCCACGUCGACGUUCUUUUCAUUCCUGGUGGGGUUGGUACACGACUGAGACGCAUCCAUCCUGAUGGCAGCAAGUCAUCUAACAUCCAGAGCUUGCUCGAUUUUGUGCCGAAGGUGGUUCCUCACAUAACCACCGCCAUAUUGACAGUCUGUACGGGAUCCGAUGCACUUGCACAGACUGGACUGCUCGAUGCACGGCGUGCAACUACCAACAUGUCCCGGUGGGCAGAGGUAACAGCCCGAAAUCCAAAUGUUGCGUGGGUGAACUUUGCUCGAUGGGUCCGGAGCCUGCCGUCUGAAGUGCAAGGCAAGAACAACGCCCCCAUCGAGAUCUGGACUUCGGCCGGGAUAAGUGCAGGGAUGGAUCUAGCAUUAGCAUUUGUCGCGCAACACUAUGGUGGCCAAGAUGUGGCGAGAGGUCUGGCUAAGGCUUUGGAGUAUGACUGGCGCGAAACUGCAGAAGGCGAGAAAGAUCCGUUGUAUGAGAAGUACUACGCUGUUUGA